AUGAGCAAGCUUCUCGUCGUUUUCGGUGCCACCGGCAAUCAAGGUGGCUCUGUUGUUGAUCGUGUCAUCAACGACCCUGUCCUCGCCAAUGAGUACCGAGUUCGUGCUGUUACCCGGAACACCUCUAGUCCCGCGGCACAGGCUCUCCAACAAACAGGCAAAGUCGAUGUUGUCCAGGGGGAUGCGGAAGACGCUUUGUCCUUGAAGCGAGUCCUGAAGGGGUCUCACACCGUCUUCUUUCUCACGAUGACCAUCUACGACGAGCGGCUCGAGGAACGUGAACUGUCUCAAGGCAAGGCAAUCGCUGAUGAGGCUCUCGCUGCUGGAGCAGAGUACCUUAUUUUCAGCACCCUCUCCCACAUCACUCGCGUCUCCGGCGGGAAGUAUGACAAGGGGCGUCAUUUCGACUGCAAAGCCGAGGUUGAGGACUACAUCAGAACGUUGCCUAUCAAAAGCGCAUUUUUCGCACCUGGUUCCUUCAUGCAAAAUUUCAGCACGAUCAUGAAGCCGCACCCGGUUGGUGAUGGUACCUAUGCGUUGUCCAAUAUCAUCGCUCCCACUGCCAAGUUGCCGCUCAUCAAUAUUGAGGAAACUGGCAAAUAUGUCGCGGCCAUCCUCGCCAAUCCCGAUAGCUUUGAAGGUAAGGUUAUUGCUGGUGCUACUCGGCUCUACACGAUGGAGGAAAUUGCGCAUCUUAUGAGUAAAAGCUCGGGCAAGAAGGUUGUUUACAACCAACUCCCAGAAGCAGUCUUCCGCAACUUUCUGCCACCAAACGCGGCGGACUAUUUGGUUCACAUGCUAUUGUAUAUCCAGGAUUUUGGAUAUUAUGGAUCUGAAACAGAGGAUCUGGUGGCCUGGUCGGCAGUCAACGCCCGAGGAGAGUUGACGACUUUGGAUAACUACUUCAAAGAACAUCCCCUGAACCUGGACUGA